UGAGAGGUUGGGGGAGAUGUCAGUGAUACUGAUAGAUGUUAGAUGCAUCAGUGCACUCACUCAUACUGUUUCUCUUGACUGUUGUCUUGUUUACCAGUGAGUCUGCGUUAUCUGUCUCUGAAUGUUUUCACCAGAACACCAUUUUUCUAUUGAUAACAGAUGAACAGGAAGGCAUACAUCUCUAAUAAAAGUCUAAUUGUAAUGGCAGUUAAGAACAGAAACAGCCUCUUGUGUUUGAGCACCAUUGUUUCAGCCUGUGAACUAACAAGUUGCUCUUCUGGUUAAUGAAUAGGUCUUUAUGUUGGCUAGACCUUCUAAGUCAAUAAAUUCACCUUAUUAGCGUAACAUAAAUAUGCUAUGGGCUAUGCAGAACAUGGUCAGGUCCACUCGGGUCAGUAAGCUGUAGUUACAUAGACCCGAUGACAAUCAAACAGGAUCCAGCUCAGACCCGAGGGACAAGUUUGAAUUUCAAACACAAACCCGAUCUGUUCGGGUCUCGGGUAUAUCGUGUCCACCCGGAACCGUGAACAGCUCUACAGUGUAUGUGUGUGAAGUAAACCUGCUCUUACCCUGCCACCCUCUUUGUGCCUAUAGGUCCCUGAGAGAGUGACACACCUGUGGAACGAACCACCAUGGCGCAGGAGAGUGGGUAUGGCUUUACUGAAGCCCUCAUCUCCCAGGGCACUCAACAGAAGAGACCAGCAUUGUCGUGGGGGUCGAAGAUCAAGAAGAAGCUGAAGACUGUAGCUCCCUACCUCGGCAAAUUCAGACCAUCUGUAGGACAAUGUUGCCACCAGUGUACCCCUGACAGCCUGGGCAAGAAGCUGGGACAGACCAUACCCUCUCUGGGCUUCCAUAAUCUACUGAGUGUCAAUGAGACCCACACCAGGUAUCGUGGUUGGCUGGUGAGGAGAGUGUGCUGUGUGCUGUUGGUCAGAGGCUGCAGGGUCUACCCUAGUCCUGCUACUGACAGAGUGGAGCGAGUCUCCCAAAGCAACAGGGUUCAGAAGGCUCUCUCCUCACCAGACAUAGCACCAACAGGGGGAGACACCUGGGGUUCACUCACCCACCUUACCCCCUACAUCCCCCUCAUCAACACCUGCAUCUCUCCACAGCUUCUACGGCUGGUCGGCUGGGUGUUGCUGAAGGUGUUUGGGUCAGUGUUCUGCAGUGUUCAGGUCAACCUGAACCACAUGGCUCCCCUGCACAGAGCCUCAAAGCAGGGUGCGUCACUGGUGUAUGUGUGUGUGCCUCAGAGUAUCGUGGACUAUGCUCUCAUCCCACUGGUUCUCUUCUGUCACAACCUGAGAGUGCCAUACACACUCUGUCACCUACAGACACACAACAACUGGUUUAGGUCAGUCCUGCAGAGACUUGGCGUUGUCCUCCUCCCACCAGAUCCAAUCACAGAACAGGAAGCAGAGACCGACAACCUCUACUCAUCAGUCAUGACCUCCUUGGUUGGUGAGUUGCUGUGUGAAGGCCAGGUACUGAGUGUGUGUGUGUCAGGAGAGAGUUGGCGAGGAGGGCAAUGGUUGGCACGCAUCAGACUGGCUGUGAGGGAGGGAGUGGUGCCUGACGUCCACCUGGUUCCAGUGGGCAUCUCCUAUGACUGUGUUCCCAACACCAGCACACCGGUUGGUCUGCUGUCUACUCUGAGGUGUGUGUUCUCCUUGUUGUGCGGCAACCGACAGAGAAGUAGUGUGAGGAUCCACUUCGCCCAGCCCUUCUCUCUGAAGGAGAUGUGUGACACAGGGAAGUGUCGUGUGGAUGGAGGGCGCCCUCUACAAGAUCUCCUGCUCCCUACCAUUCUACACAACAGGUCUGAUGCGAUAUUUGGCCAGAGGACGAUGUCAUGGAUCCUGCCCCCUCGUUAUUUGCCUGAGCUCUGCCAAUCGGAGAGAGACCUCAGCAUUGCCCUCACCCUGCACCUCACCUACUCCACUAUGUCCUGCAUGGCUGUGAUGUCCACUAGCCUGGUCUCCUGUCUUCUACUGCACAAACACCGCAAGGGUGUAUGUCUGUCUGUGUUGUGUCGUGACGUGGCCUGGCUGCUGGAGGAGAUAUUGUUCAGGAACAGAGAUGUGGGCUUUGGGGGCAGUCUGGUUGGGGUGGUCUACCACUCCCUCACCCUACUCACCCCUCACCUCACCCUCGCUGCCCAUCCCAAAGACAGGUCUGAUCCCCUCAUCGCUCCCCACCCCUCUCUCUCCGCCACUCUCUCUCUUUCCCGCCAUUCCCAGAUACUCACACACACCUUCAUCCAUGAGGCCGUCGGAGCGUGUGCGGUGUCGGCCAUGCUGUGUGAGGUGGCAGGCUGCGGGGGCAGCAGCAGGAUCAGGGGUGAAGAGAUUAAAGGUGACGAGGUCAGAGGGGAGAUGGAGUUUGACGUGGCACUGUGUCAGGAUGAACUGACUGAGAGAGCCCUGCAACUCACACACUUACUGCCCCCGGGGUAUAUACCUCCAUGUCAGUCAUCUCAUGGCUUUGCUCUGGAUGCAGUGGACACACUGGUUCGCUGUGGCAUCCUUGUGAUGGAAGAGGUUAAAAGUGCAUCACACACAAACGUUCCUAGCGACACGCCGAUCUGUGAUUUCUGGAGGAAGGGUGCUCUGACCUGGAGUGCUUCAGAUGACCAUUCUGACUGUGAAGAAGGAGAGGCACGCUCCUUCAAGUUGAGCCAGCCCAGCCAGUGUCCAGAACUGCUUUUCUUCCUGUGCAGUCUGAUGGCUGGCUACCUGAGGGCCCUGUGCUGGGCUACAAAGGGGUUAGACCUCCUAGACACUCCGCUACCAGAGGCUGUCUGUUUGGGCCAGAUACACUCCCACCUGUGUUACACCGCCCAGAGGGAUAGGGGACACUAUGAGAGCUGCUCAGAGGAGGUGGCACGUGUGACAGUCAGGACGCUAACAGACCUGGGGGUGCUGGUUGAGGAUCAGCAGAGAGGAUGUGUGUUCCUGGGAGUCAGUCCACUCUUCCAACAGACAGACAACAGACAGAAACUCCACAGCUUUGUAUCCCAGUUCCUCUAUGACUAACACACACACACCACAAGAGAACGACCAAGCAGUGAAUGAGAGUAAAGUCUAUAUAGUGAAGCUCUAUAAUGUUUAGCCUGCUCUUAUUGACUUUCAUGUGUUUACAUGAUCAAGUCGUUGGAAUUAAGUUUACAUUUUACUGUUCUCAUCAGGCAAUUUUUUUGUUUAAUCUCAAUGUGUGUUUCAGUUUAGUAAAAGACUUUGCAUGAGUCUAUAAUGGACCGGAACAUUGGGUCUUGUUUCAGUUUAGAUGUUGCCUUUGGCCAAAGAUGUAUAGUGAUAACUUGGCUUGGAACAGUUCAAAUUUUUUGACACACCAGAGAAAUUGAGAGAAGAUGUGUGUUUCUAGUGUUAAUGAUGCUGAAUAGCUCAGUGGAAAGUGUCUAAGCAAGAUUUUUUUUCAAAUGAUGCUCUUUGUUACGUUGAUGUUAUUAAACCUAGAAAUGUUUUUA